UUGUCGUCAAUGCAUGCAGCAGAGAAAGCUAUUGCUUGCGCACAGCCAAGAUGUUGAUGUCAUUUUAGGUAGCUAGCUAACGAUAAACAAUGAGUAAAUCAAGGCAUUUGCCGGACCAUGGAUGCCAUCUGUUUUUCUGCUGAACUAUCGCGUUCAAAUUAGACUCUCAUACCAGCAAGAAAAUAGAUAGUGUGACGUUUGCUGAAUACAGAGUGGUUACGGUGUGGUGGAAAACUUCACACGAAAGAACGUUUACUCUGGCUGUCACUGGGCCGUCACUGUGGCGUAAUAAUAGUAUACUGUAUAGUGUAGUGGUUUUCUCAAUUUGAUACUUGACAGUGACAUGACAUCGCGUCUACAAUACACUAAACCUUCGUUCGGGCGGUAGCCACAUUUUUGAUAGAAUUUGCUGCAUUUUUUGCUGAGUGAGUGAAGAGUUGGUUUGCAGGAAUCACAAUGAAUUCUUCUUUGAUGAAGCCUCUUGCGGCUGGUUUGGCAAUUCCAGGACUGUACAUAAUGUACAAAUUCCACGAAUACAGAGAAAAGGAAAGAAAACGAGAAAGGAGAAGAUUUACAGACAAAGACCUGCAAACACUGAACCGCAAAAUUCAACAGCUUUUAAAAAAGUUAGAGAAGUAUGAAGUGACUGAGCCGAUAUCUUCCAAAGAUGAGGAGUGUGUAGUGUGUAUGAGCAGUCCGGCAUCUAUUUGUACCAAGCCAUGUGGUCAUCAAGUGAUCUGCCGACGUUGUUUUGUCAAGACUAUUCAGAUGGCUGUCUCACAAAGAUUAUUACCUCUAAGAUGUGUAGUAUGUAGAGCUAAGGUAACUCAGCUUCAACAAACCACCUUUGCUACACACACUUCUUCUUAGAAUGGGCUUCCUUUUCACAACUAGCAAUGUACAUUUAUUUAAAACUUAACUUUAUUGCACACUUAAUCCAGAUUUCCAGAGGAAAGCAUAUUUUAUCUGUAAGUGUGGUAACUAUUGAUACACAUGGAGAAGUCUUUCAUAACUUUUUCAAGGGUUUUCUGAUCUGUUUAAAAUGUGUACAUGAUGUACAGUGUCAUUUGUAGAAUAUUGGAAGCUAGUGCUAAAUGAUAUCAAUUAGGAAUAUAUAUUGCAAAGUAAUGUACAUGUAUUGUACCACUAUAAUACUUAGAGGGGUCUUUCAAAUAGUAUGCAAUCUGUUUCUUAAAUGUCCGUGCUUUAAAUGAUAUAUUUGUUUUUUUAUAAUUGCAAAUAAAAUGUUCCUUUAAUAACAACCUGGAUAUGCUGGAGUUAAAGGUA